AUGACAAUCAAGUAUUUUACACGAAUUAUUUCCUCUGACCCUGACAAAAUUAAUUCUAGAAUUGUUGGUUCAAUAAAGGAAAAUUCCAACACCAUAGAUGUUCCCAAUGUGAAAUACAUAAGUGCUUACAAGAGCAAGCAAAAGUCACUGAAGGUUUUCAGCAAAACUUUACUUGUCUUGUUUCUUGGAUGGAUUUCGGUGAUUUAUAUUGCUUUAUACAUGACAAAAGAAGAAGACAUGUCUGGUAGAUUUGAUCCUUAUGCGAUUUUGGAUGUGUCCUUUUCAUCUAGUGAGAAAGAAGUGAAAAGUCAUUAUAGAAAGUUAUCGUUAAAGUACCAUCCCGACAAGUUGCCCAGAGACUUGACUGACGAGGCGAGGAUGAAAAUGGAACAGGAGUAUAUUCGAUUAACCAGCGCUUAUAAAGCGUUGACUGAUGACGCCACGAGGGAAAACUAUAUACGAUAUGGACAUCCAGAUGGCGAGCAGCCUAUCACCCAUGGAAUUGCAUUACCAACAUUUUUGGUCGAGGGUAAAUACUCCUCCAUUGUAGUUGUAUUAUAUUUCAUCUUGAUUGGUUUACUUUUACCCGUACUUGUUGGAAAAUGGUGGAAUAAUGUCAAAAAUCAUACAAGGAAAGGUUUGCAUGUUAAAACUGCUGCCAACAUUGUCCUUCGAUUUGCCGAUAAAGACCCAGCUAAAAUUAUCACUUGCAACACUAUUCUUGAUUAUGUUUUGGAAAGUGAGGAAGUUUUAGACUUAGUUCCGGAAUUAAGUUUGGCAGAGAAAAGGUUGUUGGUUGAGUCUCACUUUGAUCGUAAGGUUGGUUUGGACAAACAAAAGGAAAAGCAAAAAGUGGAGUUGGUUGCAAUUCUCCCCUUUUUGAUUGAUGGAUUGAUUGAUAUUGCCGUUGCUUUUAGAUUACACGAAGCAGUCUUUGCCGCAGAAGAUUUAAAGAAAGCAGUUAUACAAGCGGUUAAGCCAACAGGCAAGUACCAGGAAAUUUUGCAGUUACCUUUUGUAAAUGAGGAAGUAGUUGUUAAACAACCGGUCAAGAAAUUGGGCAAGUUGUUGACUUUGUCACAAGAAGAAGCUAAGGCUGCUCUUGGUAUUGAAUCUAAAGAACAGUUGGAGAAAGCUUUAUCUAUUGCCAAACUGCUUUUUUCAUUAAGGGUGGUUGAUGCACAAAUAAUGGUACCGGGCGAAGAUGGACUUGUUCUUCCCAACUCUAAUGCUCAUCUUUCGGUCAAGUUUCUUGUCAAGUCGCCAAAAUUAAAGUCCUGUCCUGAAAUUGAUGAUGCCAGGUUAAAGGAUGAGGAGACGUUGGAGUAUAUGAAAAACCCAAUGAUUGUGAAUGAGCAACAGCCAAGAUUACCAUUUGCGUAUGCACCAUAUUUCCCACAAGCGGUGCGAAACAAAUGGGCGUGCUACAUAAUUGCUCAAAAGGAGAAUAAACUAGUAGAUGGAAGCACAUCAUAUUUUUUGGAGAACAUAGAUUUAUCAAAUUUGAGUUUGAGUCAAAAGGACUGGGAAAAUGGUGAGAAAGUUGUCAUUGGUACUUUCAAGAUUCCAUUACCAACAGCAGUGGGAAACGUGGGCAAAUAUCAUUAUAGAUUAGUAAUGAAGUGUAAUUCAUACUAUGGCGGGGAUGUUGAUAUUCCGGUUGAUUUGGAAGUUCUGCCAAUACCGAAGGAGAAGAGCUUAGAAGGUAUAAGAAAGGUGAUAGAAGCCAGAAAGAAGAUGGAAGCAGCAGAAGAUGAAGAUGAAGAUGAAGAUGAGGAAGAUUCGGAUAGUGAUAUUUCCGACCCGGAAGAGGAUAGUCUAUCUGGCGCUUUAGCAGUUUUGAGGGGAGAGAUUGUUAAGAAAGCAAAGAAAGUCAAGGACGAAGACGAAGACGAAGAUGAAGAUGUGUUUACCGAUAUUAAUACGGACACUGAGGACGAAGCUGAGUAG